UACUACUGGAUCGAGGACCUUCCUCCGGUUCUCCUAGCCAACCCUCUGACAGCCAAAUCAAUUUCAAAGCUAAAUUUGAUGACGACGUCGUUCACUGAUGGUUUCAAAUCGACGGAUAUACAAACCAUAACCGAGGCUUGCCCCAACCUCAGGCAGCUUCUAAUGGCGUGCACGUUUGAUCCCAGGUAUUUCGGGUUUGUAGGAGAUGAAACUCUGUCCGUUAUAGCUACUAACUGUCCAAGACUUAACCUUCUUCACCUUGCCGACACCUCGACAUUGGCGAGUUCCCGAGGGGACCCUUCCGCCGAUGGCUUCACGUCAGAAGACGCGAGGAUUUGUACAACUACUCUAAUUGAGCUGUUCUCCGGGUUGCCAUUGCUCGAGGACUUGGUUCUGGAUGUUGCUAAGAAUGUUAGGGAUAGUGGACCGGCACUAGAGGUACUUAACACUAAGUGCCGGAAAUUGAGGACUCUUAAGCUUGGGCAGUUCCACGGGAUCUGUAUGGCGGUCGGCUCGCAGCUCGAUGGGAUAGCCUUAUGUCAAGGGCUUGAGUCGCUGUCGAUCAAGAACUGCACGGAUUUGACUGAUAUGGGUUUAAUAGAAAUUGGUAGGGGAUGUGUGAAGUUAUCCAAGUUUGAAGUGGAGGGAUGUAAGAGAAUCACAGUGAAGGGUUUGAGGACAAUGGUGAGUUUGCUCAAGAGGACUCUCGUGGAUGUCAAAAUUUCUUGCUGUGUGAAUCUUCAUACCAGAGCGUCUUUGCGAGCCCUAGACCCAAUUCGAGAUCGGAUACGCCGUCUUCAUGUCGAUUGUGUGUGGGAAGGCUCUGGAGAAGACUACGAACUUGAAAACGAAGCUAUGAGUGGUUGGAACUUCGAUCUCAACGAAGUUGACGAACUUCCCAUGCCAAGCCACAGUGCUGAUACUAGCUAUUCCACGGAUGGUCUCUUUGAAGGUGAAAACAAUGGUGGAUAUACAAGGAAGAGGAAGAGAUCCAGAUACUCCGCAGGCGCUGAUUGUUCCCUCUCUAUGCAGUGCAAUGUUAGUGAUUUGUGGGGCGAGAGAUGGGAUAGUUUGGAGUACCUGUCUCUUUGGAUUGGAGUUGGUGAUUUUCUGAGUCCAUUGCAAUCCUCCGGUCUUGAGGAUUGCCCUGUUUUGGAAGAAAUUCGGAUCAAAGUCGAGGGAGACUGUAGGGGGCGGCACAAACCAAUGGAUACAUUUGGGUUAAGCAUCCUUGGGCAAUAUCCUCAGCUAUCGAAGAUGAAGUUGGAUUGCAGUGACACAAUAGGCUAUGCGCUAACCUGCCCACCAGGCCAGAUGGAUCUCACCUUGUGGGAGAGAUUCUUUCUGAAUGGAGUUGGUAGUCUAGGACUUGAUGAGCUUGAUUAUUGGCCACCACAGGACCGGAAUUUCAACCAGAGGAGCCUAUCACAUACCGCCGCUGGGUUGUUAGCAGAGUGUCUCACUCUGAGGAAGUUAUUUAUACACGGAACAGCUUAUGAACACUUCAUGAAUUUUCUGCUUAAUAUUCCAUAUCUGCGGGACGUACAACUAAGGUUGGAUUACUACCCAGCACCAGAGAAUGAUAUGAGUACAGAGAUGAGAGCCGGCUCCUGCAGUCGCUUUGAAGCUGCACUUAACAGCCGCCAAAUCCCAGAUUGAGAUCAACAAGUGUCUGAUGCUUGUGCUAGUUAGAAGAGAAGGCAACCAUAUGGCUUCUCCCUGGUUAGGAAUCAAGACACGUAAUUUCUUUCUCAUCACUAGUAACUUUGAGAUUAGCUGUAUCACUUGUGAUUUCUGACACUUUCAUGGGAGGAAUCCAUCAAAAUUAGUACUAAUGUAGAUGUGUGAAACGAUUUAGUCAGAAGAUGUGGGCUUUUUAACUCUGCACUAAUGAAGAAAGAUACCAAGAUAGUUAAGAAACGA